CAGUGUGCUUUGCGCUGAAAACCAGGCACGGCCAGCAAGCCGGUUACUCCCCAGGCAGCAGCCCUGUUCUGAGCCGGUUGGGUAGGGGCGAGGCACCAGAAAGAUGUGGGUGUUUGGUUACGGGUCUCUCAUCUGGAAGGUGGACUUCCCCUACCAGGACAAGCUAGUUGGUUACAUCACAAACUACAGCCGGCGCUUCUGGCAAGGCAGCACUGACCACCGCGGGGUUCCCGGCAAGCCUGGAAGAGUUGUGACCCUUGUUGAAGAUCCUGGGGGCAGUGUAUGGGGUGUUGCUUACAAACUACCAGUAGGAAAAGAAGAGGAAGUAAAAACAUAUCUUGACUUCAGAGAAAAAGGUGGUUACAGAACAACAACAGUCAUUUUUUAUCCAAAAGACCCCACGACAAAACCAUUCAGUGUUUUGCUCUACAUUGGAACGUGUGACAAUCCUAACUAUCUUGGUCCUGCACCUCUGGAAGACAUUGCUGAGCAAAUUUAUAAUGCAUCUGGUCCAAGUGGAAGAAAUACAGAAUAUCUUUUUGAACUUGCGGAUUCUAUUAGGAAACUUGUGCCAGAAGAUGCAGACGAGCAUCUCUUCUCUUUGGAAAAACUAGUAAAGGAACGUUUGGAAGAAAAAUAAAACCUCAUUAGCACAUAGUCACCAACUCAUCCAAGCAGGCAGAGCUUAGUCUUCACAGAAUAACAUGGAUACAGAACAGAUUGUAUUCUGGACAUUCUGACUUGAACAUCUUACUAUUUAAUGUUGUAAUUGAAAUGUCAUCUAAACUUACAGUUUAUUUACAAUUGCCCUAAAACAUAAUCAGAAGAUAAGCAUACAGGGAAAGAAAGAGUUCAAGCUGUACAAGUGAUUCCCUAACUAUAUGGCAUUUGAAUAUUUGUUCAUUAGAAAUACAUGUCUCAAUUCACUUCCUGUUUUUAUCAGACUAAUCAUGAUUUAUAGUAUAUAAGCUUAAAAUAAUGUUACUGGAAAUACAUGGCAAUAGAAUAAGUUCCAACACUGUUAAUUUUCUUGUUAUUUGGGAUUAAAUGAAAUUAAAAUUUAGGCAAAAAAAUGGAUAUUUUUUAAUACAAAUUUUUCCUUGGAAUUGUAAUCUGCUGUCUUGUCCAUUUGUGGAAAAGGGCAUUUCAUUACAACAAAAAACUCUACCAUGGGUUAUAUAAACAAAUCCACUAAUAAUAAUGUCAUUUGCUUUGUAUUUAUCGCAAUGAAACUGGAAAAAAAUAGGUUUUCUGAUAAUUACCAAUUGGUGGAAACAUAAGGAAAAUUGUGUUUGAAACAGAUUUUAUAAUUAAAAUUUCUCCAAGAAGAAA